AUGGCAGAUUCGACUACUCAACCAACAACUGUUGGCAAAAGAUUAUUUGAUAAUAUAUCUCUCCCUUUCACUUUACCAACUCGACUGCUACCAUUAGUUAGUGUAUUUGGUCAAAAUCAACAACUUCAACGAUCAGAUCCUGUAACAGAUCCAAUACAGCAACAACCACUACUAACUCAUAAUAGUAAACAUAAUCAACAUGAAACUCAGCAAAAACAAUCCGUCAAUGUCAACUCAAAUUUUAACCCUAUUCAUAGAAAAAAACCAUCAAAUAGAAUGAAUAGAAAGAAAAUUGAUCAGGAUGAAGAAGAAGAUCAUCAAGGAAAUCAUGAGUGUGCGUUGUAUUUUUAUUCCACUGCUAUAGAGAACAUGUUGAAGGCUAUGCCAGAUGCAUUAAAAACUAAUUUACGAGACGUCAUUAGCCGUAUUGGAUUAACUGAAGAGAUGAUCAAUCAUAUAAUCCAAGCUGCUAUUACUGGUGCUGUUGCUUUAAAACAAUCACCAAUACCUGAUGCCAUCUCUGCUACUGUAAAUUAUACAAUGAAAAAAAUUAAAAAUAUUGAUGAAGUUUAUGGCUUACAGGAUAAAGCUUGGGAAAUUUCAAGGUCUGGUAUAAAUUUGGCUUUUGAGAUUGAUCAACAAUAUAAUGUUCAUGAAAAAGUUAGUAACAUUUUAUUCACUAGUAUGGCUGCUGCUAUAAAAGCUGUUCUUAUAGUAAUCUGUUAG